AUGGUAAGGGGUGCAUCAGGAGAAGAUCCUUCUAUAAAACAAGGAAUACAUGAAUUUGAUCCAAGUGAUGGUUAUUAUGUGGAAUUUAAGAAAGUGAGUACUGUAGAGUUCGAUACCACAAUUAUAAUUUUAGAUAAACUAAAAGGAUGUUCUAUUGACGAAAUGGAAGAAAUUUUAAAAGAUUUUGAUUCUAUAAAAAAGGAAAUUGUUGAAGUUGGAAAGAAAUGUGGCGACUACAUAUUAAGAGAAGAAUUCCGAGAUCACAUGGCAUUCAGAAUAAGUGAUCGUCUUCGUGAUUAUUAUGCAGAACAAGAAAUGACGGAAGAUUAUUACUUAAAAUUAAAGAACAUUUUUUGGAUGGAACAAAAAGCGUUUGAAGAAACUUUUUUUGAGGUUAGUAAAAAAAAGGGACCCAUUGAAAAAAAAAAAGUUAUUGAUGAUGUAAACUUGAUAGUAUCUCAUCUUAAAAGGUAUGCAGAUUCCAUGGGAAUUAAAUUAUCAGAACAGAAAUUACAUAAUGCAGCAUUAAGGAUAGGGAGAUUUAUUAGUGAUUUGAAUUUUUUAACUUUAAGAUAUUCAAAACUUUUGCCCCUAAAACCUAAUGAUAACAAACCACAUUCUUAA